AUGGCGCCUUUUGGUGAUUUACAGAACUUCGCAGCUUCCAUACUCGACAGUCCUCCCCAUGGAAAGCCGAUACCUACUUUCAACACUAAUAUCAAACAGGUCCUCCUUCCUUGUGGACCCGUCUCAGCGCUUCUCGUUGAUGAUUGUGUCACAUUGGUGGAGCACGAGCGAUAUUUCCUGUCAAAAUGUGGAACCUAUGAAGACACCUUUCUGCCUUUCAUCGAAAUCAUUACGAAAAACAACCAUUUCCUAUUACUGAAUAGCGAAGAUGUUUUCUUCUGUGUACGAUGUGAUUUAUCUUACCAAGAUCAAGGCGACGUUGCUAUCGCCACCUCGUCAAUGGUCGCACACACACACGCAUUCAUUGGUUUGUUAUUUCUUCUGCAGGAACUCCACACCAAUAUCAUGUUGGAAGAUGCCAAAGGUAAAACGUUACCAGCUGUUGAUGUUUUCGCUAAAUCGCUUUGGUUCAUGAAGACCCAUUUUUUAAGAGCUGUCUCGGCCCACUUGGGUUACGAACCUCACCCACAGACCGUUCGGUGGGUCCUCACCGUACCAGCUAUUUGGGACGAUAACGCAAAACAGUUCAUGAGAGAGGCAGCUUAUCGAGGUGAUUUGAUUACAAGCAAAAACAGUGACCAGUUAUUAAUAGCACUCGAACCGGAAGCUGCUUCUCUCCAUUGCCGGAAAUGGCCUGCCAGCUCGUUGCUGGGUACUUCACAACCGGAAGGAAAUAAACCGACGUUCGAACCAGGAACUAAAUAUCUUGUUAUUGAUGCUGGAGGUGGUACAAUCGACGUCGUUGCUCACAAAGUACGAAGAGAUGGACGUAUUCGAGAAUUAUUCCGUGCCACGGGCGGUGCCUGGGGAGGAACCGUCAUUGACAGACAGUUUCUCAAGCUGAUGGUUCAGAUUUUUGGCGAGGCCUUCAUGAAAGAAUUCCAAAGCAAUCAUCCCAAGGAUUACGUAGAACUCCUGCAGGACUUCGAGGUGAAGAAGCGAGGUGAAGGCGAAAGCAUUCGAGUGUCGUUGCCCUAUAACUUUUGCAAUUUCAGAUUCGAUGGCAAAAGCGUCCAAGAAGUGAUCAAAGCUUAUGCCAGCGAAUGCAAUAACGAAGUGAAAUUCUCGGGUGGCAAGCUGGUGUUGUCCCCGAAUAAAGUCAGCUCAUUGUUUUACGAUGCACUGGAACAAAUUAAUGACCAUGUCCAGUCGUUAUUGGACUCGUCUAAAAUGAAAGACACCAAGUAUAUAUUCCUAGUGGGCGGUUUUGCUGAAUCCGUCCGGCUUCAGCGAUCCGUGAAAGAAAAGUUCGGUGAACGCGUCACGGUGCUUAUACCGGAAGAAGCUAGUUUAGCCGUCGUGCGCGGCGCUGUGGCCUUUGGUCACGAUCCGAGCACAAUCUGUAAGAGAAUUUGUCGAUUUACAUACGGAGUUGGAUCCUAUCUUCCUUUCGAAGAAGGUUAUCAUCGGGAAGAUUUGAAAGUUGUCUCCGAGGAUUUGGUUCUUUGCAAGAAUAUCUUCCAGAUAUGGGCCAGAGUCGGUGAGGUGAUAGGUGCUAAUGAAAUCUGGCGGGAAACCUACACGCCGAUAAUCACCAACCAGAAGGGAAUUAUGUUCGAGUUUUUUAAGACUACAAAACGCAAUGUAAAAUAUGUGGACGAAGAAAAUGUUGAGAAAUGUGGUUGUCUUGUGGUUGGAAUGCCGGAUCUGACCGGUGACAAAAACCGUGCGGUUGACCUGGAAGUGAUCUUUGGAGGAACAGAAAUUAAAGUUGUUGGUUAUGACCACACGAGUCACACAAGUCGAGAAACUCACAUUGAUUUUCUGUCGGAAAAAUAGAUUGAAAAAAGAAAAACAAAACAAAACAAAUAGGCACAAAAAAAAACUCAGAAAUAACAAAAGAGGGGAUGGCGUGAGCGAUGAUGUGGGUGCGUUGGUUUGACUGAGAGAGAGAGAGAGAGGGGGGUGAGAUAGGGACAUAGGGAGAGAGACAGACAGACAGACAGAGAUCGAAUGAGGAAUCGAACAUUGAAAUUAUAAGAGGCCAAUGAACAGAAAAUGAUUAACGACAAAGCGCCUCACUAAAUAUGUUGCUGUAUUUAGUUUGAUCUUUGCUUGUUCUGAAUUGAAUAUUUUUGCUUUGUGUUCAGUUUUCGCCCCCCGAUGGACGAGGAAUAUGCACCAAUUCCGCACAGACGACAAUUUCAUAUCGGUCACUCCCACCUCCUCGCAACACCCUAUAAAAGUGUGUGUGUGUGUGUGGUGUGUGUGUGUCUGUGUCUCUGUGUGUGUGUGUGUCUGUGUCCGUGUCUGUGUGUGUGUGUGGAGCCACUAAAACUCAGAAAAAUCUGUGUAGAGAGAAUUGAGGAAUUCAUAAAACAAAAGAGAGAAAUAACAAAUGAAAAUGCCAAAAAAAAAAAAAGAAGAAUAUCUGAAGAAUUUGGAGGAGGAGGAGAGAGACGUCUUCGGGAAAGGUAAAACUGACCAUAAUGUCUGGUAAUCAGGGUCAACUCCUUCUCUCUCUCUCUCUCAUUCUCUUUCUCUCUCUUUUAGUGUCUGUUGAUUGUGGUCAAUUCUCUCUUAUAAUGAACUGACCAUAGUGCCUCUCUCCCUCUCCCUCCCUUUCCUUCUUUCUUUCUCCUUCUCCCCCCUCUCUCUCUGUCUCUCUGUCUUUCUCUUUCCCGCCUUUUCAAUUCCUUUGACUGUUGUAAAGUGGAGCAAAACUGGUCCAAACUUUGGUGCAUUCUGAUAUCUCUUGGUAAAAGGAUGGGAACAAAACAAAUAAAAAUGGUGAGGCGGGGGCCACGAUUCUGUGGCACACACUAAAAGGGGGUCGGCGGUUGGGGGUGGGGUCACAUACGUGUUUGGUUAAAGAAUUCACAGAC